AUGGACGUACACGUUGGCUACUUCCCUGACCCAGAUGACUUGCCAGGCCUGGCUCAUUUCUGCGAAAACCUCCUGUUCCUUGGCACCGACAAGUACCCGGACGAGUCGAGGCAAGCGCACCUCAAGUCCCACGGAGGGUCGUCGAACGCCUACACGGCUUCCGAUGACACAGUGUACUACUUCAAUGUAGCCUCGGACCAUCUCGCCGGGCCCGACGGAGCGCUAGACCGCUUCGCCCAAUUCUUCAUCGCACCGCAGUUCACCGAGUCCGCCACGGAGAGGGAACCAAACGCUAUCGAAUCGGAGAACGCGAAAGAUCUCACCUGUGACUACUGGCGGCUCCUGCGCAUAGAGAAUUCCAGGAUAACAGCUUGCGCGGGCGAACCGGUAGUGUACUACUUCAAUGUAGCCUCGGACCAUCUCGCCGGGCCCGACGGAGCGCUAGACCGCUUCGCCCAAUUCUUCAUCGCACCGCAGGUGGGGGGAGUGGGGGACCCCGCAGUUCUUGACGGAGGGAAUGUACUAAUGGUUUUUGUCCCCUUAGUCAUUUGA